GGGCACACUCGGUUACUUUACCCAGGUACUCCGCUAAAGAAGCAAAGCAGGAAGAGGAGGCUUUCUAAGGUGCUUGUUCCAGAAUAUCAAGGACCUAGGAUUUUCCAGUUAUCUCAUAUCUGUGAGAUAUUGGGAGAUAUAGUCAGCGACAACGUGAGCAAGAGCUGGAGCGGGUUUGCUAGGAGACCAGAAGGCGAUGGAGGCCAGGGAGGGAAAGAAAUGCAUUCAGAGACAAAGGCAAGUCCCGAUAUUCUUUGUUUUGCUGGGCAUAGCUCUGGCUGGUUCUGAGUCUAGGCGCUAUUCAGUGGCUGAGGAAUCUGAGAGUGGCUCCUUUGUGGACAAUUUGUUAAGAGACCUGGGGCUAGAGAUAGAAGAACUAGCUGUGCGGGGGCCCCGUGUCAUUUCGAAGGGGAAAAAAAUGAGUUUACAGUUAGAUAGACAGACUGGGGAUUUAUUAUUAAAUGAGAAACUGGACCGGGAGGGGCUGUGUGGCCCCACCGAUCCCUGUGUACUGCCUUUCCAGGUGUUACUGGAAAAUCCCUUGCAGUUUUUUCAGGCCGAGCUACAGAUUAGGGACAUAAAUGAUCAUUCUCCAGUGUUCAUAGACAAAGAAAUCAUUUUAAAAAUUUCAGAAAGUAUCACGCCUGGAACCACUUUUCUAAUAGAACGUGCUCAGGACUUGGAUGUAGGAAGCAACAGUCUCCAAAAUUACACAAUCAGCCCCAAUUUCUACUUUCAUCUUAAAUUACAAGACAGUCCCCAAGGCUUGUUACCGCAGCUGGUGCUGGACAAAGCACUGGAUCGUGAAGAGCAGCCUGAGAUCAGGUUAACCCUAACAGCUCUGGAUGGUGGGACUCCACCCAGAUCCGGCACCGCCCUGGUCGUCAUUGAAGUACUGGACAUCAAUGACAACGCGCCUGAGUUCACACAGCUGCUUUAUGAGGUGCAGGUCCCCGAGAACUGCCCUGUGGGAUCCCAGGUUGCUACUGUCUCUGCUAGGGAUUUAGACAUUGGAACCUAUGGACAAAUAUCGUAUGCAUUUUCCCAAGCUUCUGAGGACAUUCGCAAAACUUUUCAAAUAAAUGCAAAUUCAGGAGAACUUCUUUUAAAACAGAAACUGGAUUACGAAUCAGUUCAGACUUACACAGUAAAUAUUCAGGCGAUAGACGGUGGGGGCCUUUCUGAAAGUUGUGUAGUGUUUAUCCAAGUGAUGGAUUUGAAUGACAAUCCUCCGGAACUAACCAUGUCCACACUUAUCAAUCAGAUACCAGAAAACUUGCAGGAAACCGUAAUUGCUGUAUUCAGUGUUUCAGAUUCUGACUCUGGAGACAACGGAAAGACAGUUUGCUCCAUCCAAGAUGAUCUUCCUUUCUUCCUGAAACCCUCUGUGGAGAAUUUUUACACUCUUGUGACAAACACAGCCCUGGAUCGAGAGACCAGAUCUGAGUACAGCAUCACCAUCACGGUCACCGACUUGGGAACACCCAGGCUCAAAACCCAGCACAACAUAACCGUGCAGGUCUCCGACGUCAACGACAACGCCCCGACCUUCACCCAAACCUCCUACACCCUGUGGGUCCCCGAGAACAACAGCCCCGCCCUGCACAUCGGCACCAUCAGCGCCACAGACAGAGACUCAGGCACCAAUGCCCAGGUCACCUACUCCCUGCUGCUGCCACCGCCCCGCGACCCGCACCCGGGCCUCGCCUCGCUCGUGUCCAUCAACGCCGACACCGGGCAGCUGUUCGCGCUGCGCGCGCUGGACUACGAGACCCUGCGCGCCUUCGAGUUCCGCGUGGGCGCCGCCGACCGAGGCUCGCCCGCGCUCAGCAGCGAGGCGCUCGUGCGCGUGCGCGUGCUGGACGCCAACGACAACGCGCCCUUCGUGCUCUACCCGCCGCACAACGCGUCCGCGCCCUGCGGCCCCUUCCCGGGCCCCCUGGGGGACGUCAGCGGCACGGGGACCCUGUCCCACAGCUACCGCUAUGAGGUGUGUCUGAUGGGAGGUUCUUCUGGGACCAGCGAUUUCAAGUUCUUGAAACCGAUUGUUCCCAAUAACCUGAUUCAAGACACCUAAUAGGUCCAUUGCAAAAUAUAAACUGGAGGAAUAACUUCCAUUUCAGUAGGAUCAUAAGGUAGCUGUCAAUGGAUGUUUUCCUUGUAUUCAAAAAUUGAUUUUACUUUUAUGUAGUUACAUACCAACUCAUAUUUUCCUGUUUUCAUCUGCUUGCUGUCUUAUAGAAUCAUAAUGCCUCUUUUUCUUUUAGUAAUAGGAGAGCAAAAUUAAAUUAUCUUUAGUUACUUCAAAUGUUUAUUUAAGAAUGCAUUUCAGGGCCAGGGAUUUAGCUUAGCGGUUCCGCCCCCUGCUUUGCAAGCGCAAGGUCCCAAGUUUGGUCCCCGGUACCAAAAAAAAAAAUGCAUUUCAAAUUCUGUAUUUCAAAGCAGAGUAAACAGUUGCUAAGCACCAAUUUUAUGGUAUCUUGUUGAAUAUACCCACAUAACGUGCUUUACGAAGCACGUUAAAGCAGUUUUGCUCAUUGUUAGUGAGGUUUGUUCAUAAAUGUUUUCUUUAAGAUAUAGUAACUCACCAUGUCGUUACAGCACAGGUCUCAAAUAAGAUAUUUAAUUCCUUCUUUGUAUUGACAUUAAAAUUAAUAUUUCACAUGGAAUAUUAUUGUAUUUGACAAAAAAAUAGACCAACAUAUAGGCAAACACAGCAAAUCACUUCUAAGAUAAUUACUCUUUAGGGCUCCUUAGUAUGAUGACUGAAGAAAAUUAAACCUAAGCCAUUUUGAACAACUGAUUGUGCUUUCCAUGUUGCAUGAAACAUUAUUUGGUAAGGUAUGUGGUGGGGUGAUUAUUUGGUUUGUAAAUUUUGGCUUGUAAAUACCUGAAUGCCUUUUUCUAAUUUUAAGAAAAUACACAGAUGCAUGAUCUCUCAAUGCUUUAUUGCAAAAGUAGUGUUCCAUACAGUAUUAAUAUAUGUGGUAACUUAUGAGGGAAGUAUUUUCUUUGCUUUCUGUCUUGGUUCCCUCCUUCAUAUUGCAAUCUAACAGGAUUUAGAAUUAUUGUGGUCCUGGUGGGAUAAUAGCUUUUCAUGGGCAUCUGCAUUCUAUCUCCUACAUUGCAAUUUAAACAGAUGUACAAGAAUGGGAAGUUCUAAAGGGAAGAGAACAAUGCUAUUGUGAAAGUCUACAUUAGCUGCAACUAAACAAAAUCUGGAAUCAACCAAAAUGCCAAAUCAUAUGGCUAUUUUGAGUGGAAUAGAAAAGUUUAUUUCCAAGUAACUAAAUCUUUAGUCCUUAUUAGAGAAGUUAGGAAGGAAUAAAUUUUCCCCUAUUAGGUGUUCUCUCAUUUAGAGAGAGAGAGCUUUCUAGGAAUUGAAUACUUAUGACUGGAAUAAAGGGAACUGGAAAAAUCAAAGAUUUUGCAAAUUCCUAAAAGGGAAAAAGAAUUUAAAAUUGACCUGCCUUAAAUCACAGUUUGAAUGUAGUUAUUAUAACAUUUAAAUGGUGCUGGGCCCUAAAUCACAUUUUGAGUGUCUUUAUGAUCACAUUGAUACUUCUAUUAAAUUUUGGUUAUUUUUAUGAUAUCAAAAUCAAUUGAAAUUUGCAACAUCCCAAGGGCUUAAAAGACUUUCAUGUGGCCAGUCAUUCACUAAUUUUAGAAACACAAUUCUGAAUAGUACGCAUUCUCUUUUUCUCUAAAAACACAUAAAUUCAGAAAUAAUUUCAUUCCUUAAUGAGUUAAAGUCAAGUUUUCAACACUGAAAAAGCAAAGGGGUAAAUGAAUUGUUUUUUGGGGUUUUUUUUGGUACCGGGGAUCUAACUCAAGUCCUUGCACUUGUGCAGCAGGCAGCGAAACCACUGAGCUAAAUCCCCGGCCCCAUGUAACUGAAUUUUAAUUUCCCAUGUAGGGUUGUUAUAAGAUCUAUACUCAAAUAUCAGUCAUAUUUCUAUUAUUCAAAUAUCAGUUAAUUAUAGUAAAAUAACUCACUAUAAUUUCUGUAAGUCUGCCUUUAUCCUUAAAUGGUUCUUCCUUGCAAAUGUGAUUUUUUUAAAUAACAGUUUUCCCAUAUAUCCCACUAUUUUGUUCAGAGAGGAUCUUUGCUUCAUAGAUUGUUAGAGAUUUUUUAAAAACCAGAAAUCUACUGGUCAUACUUCAAAGCUAUUGUUAUGUCAAAUGCAUAUUUGGUUAACCAAUACUUUGGUUGGCAUUGACUUAAAAAAUUAAACUCAAUUCCUUUCAUUCUUUUGAUAUUUAACAUUGUUGAUGAAAAGUAUGAUCUCAGUUUGUUUCUGUCUCUUUAUUGUCUUCUAGGUUAUUUUCUCUCUGUCUGUCUGACUGUCUAUCUGUCUGUCUUUUGAGAG